UGUUUGUUUUGGCUUUUCCUGCAGGGACAAGUCACAUUUUCUUCCUUUCUUCUAAUACCUACCUUAGUCAGAAGUCAGAAUGUCCAAACAUUAUAAAUAAAAACAUCAUAUUCAUUCUAUCUACUUCCCAAUUCAUCUUCAAGAAGAAACAAAACCAACCCACAAAACAUUCUGAUCUUCCCAGAAAAGAAAAGAAAAGAAAAGAAAAAGAUAAUGGCUGAGAAGAACAAUCAGGCCUCUCCAUCAGCAGCAGCUACUAAUGGACAGCACCCCACAGUUGAUGAAGAAUCUGCCAUUUUGCCAUCCCAGGAGCUCAAACGCAAGAAGAGAAUCAAAUUGGCAAUCUAUAUUUCUGCUUUUGUUGUGGUUCAGAUCAUAGUUAUCACCACAUUUGCACUCACUGUGAUGCGUGUGCAGUCCCCCAAGCUCAGAUUGGGCGCCAUCAGCGUCCAAACUCUCAACGCUUCCUCUUCAACACCUUCAUUUGACAUGACCUUCACAACCCAAGUCAGGAUAAAGAACACAAAUUUUGGUCGCUAUAAGUUUGAUGCUACCAAUGUUAGGUUCAUGUACGAAGACAGGGCUGUUGGGCAAGUUAGAAUUCCCAAGAGCAAGGCUGGGAUGCGUUCGACCAAGAAGAUUGAUGUGACAGUGAGUUUGAAUUCCAAAGAGUUGCCAAGCAGAAGCAGGUACAAUCUUGGCAAUGAACUCAAAACUGGGGUUUUGAGUCUGAGUAGCGAAGCACGGUUGGCCGGAAAGGUUGAAUUGAUGUUUGUGAUGAAGAAAAAAGUCUGCCAAAAUGGGAUGCACUUUGGAGUUUAAUUUGUCAACAAAGAAGAUUCAAUAUUUGCAUUGCUACUACUAAGGAAAAGCUCAACAAUCAAUCUAUUUCUUGAAUUUUCUCAGGACAUUACUUCUUUCUUGUUAAUACUUUUUCUUUGUUCUUUUUCGCAUAUGAUCGAAAUAAAAAGUACAGCUGCUCCUAAAUUAAGAUUUCUA